CAGUAAGGGGCGGCCGCACUCCCAGUCCCAGGAUAAUGCAAACCUACGGCGGGCAGAGAAGGAGAAAAACACUGCAAGGGCGUUGUGUGUACCAAUGGGCAGCAACCAAAAUUAACUGAAAUGUUCCGAAAGCCUUAGCGACCUAACAGUAGAUAAUAUCAAUUACGUUUCGACAUAGGAUUUGUAAUCGGAGUGCUCUAGCACGGUGGGUCUCGUCUGCACAAGGUUGUCGUGUUUGUCUGGCUGCACCGCCCGUCCCGCCGCUGUGUGUGCUCCUGAAGUUUUCAGUUCAAUCCAGUGAGAUAAUGGAGCUGUUGGUUCUUUUUGCUGCCUGCAUUGUGAUAGGACUCUCAGGCGGAGAAAAUGUGAAGGUGUUAUAUGGGGAAAGCCAUAGAUUUUUUCUAAAAUCCCGUGCGGAGUACCUGUACUUUGAAUCUAAUGUUAAUUAUCAAUCUAGCAAAGUACCCCUGUGGACACGCAGCAAGCCUUCUGAUACCAUACGGGGUCAGUAUGACGGAUACAGGUACUUCACGAUAGAAAAACUCACCCAAGCGGAUAAUGGAAAAUACACUAUACAAUCAAGAUUUAACACCACUUUGGAAACCAACAGAGUCGAUGUGUCACAUCAUGAAAACCUUUUCUCCAAAAAUGAGGGUGAACAGCUACUAUUUGAAUUUCCUAUGGAGCUAAAGUCGUACACUGUUACCUACACUAACCAUGAUGAUGGAGAGACAACGGUCAUUUCCAACGGAGAAUAUGAAAGCCUACGCCUCUUUGACAAGAGGCUGCAAUUACGUAGUACACAAAAGUACAAUUAUCUCGAAAUCGAUGACCUCAAAGCGUGGGAUUCUGGUGUUUUUAGCAUCCAAGAUGACCAGGCUAAUCUGGCCGUGAGAGUGACCCUCGAGGUGGCAGCACCCGCCUCAACGUGGAUGAACGUCGGCUUUGCGUCUGGCGUCGUUUCCAUAGUGGUGUUUUGCUGCUUCUGUCUGAAGAGGUGCUGCUGUAAGAAAAGCUCCAAGAGCAGUGAAGAGGUCACCGAGCCCGCCGACGACCCUCCCCAACUCCAGGAGUACAGUGUCAUGCCCCCACCACCGAGAUACCACAUGGAACCCAUGCCGCCGUCCGUAAGUGGUGGUCCUGUGUAUUCAUACCGUCCUGUCGACCCGGCGGCAAGCGCGGUGGAGGUUAGUGCGUUUCAAGCGGAUCCACGGACAGCCAACGCCUCCUGUAGCCCUACAAGUCAGACAGUGAUCUCGGUUCCCUCGCCCCCCGUGCCCUUCACUGCCCCUUCGGCCGAGGCGCCAGCUACAGGAAGCCAGGCUGGUACUCAGGAUAGCUCCUUCGGCAGCAACUUCCUGUCCUCCGAGACCGAUCCAUGCUUUGAGAUGAAGGGCAUGAAUCUGGCGCCGCCCCUCUACUCCGAAUGCGUCUCUGCGAACGUCUACACGUCGGACAAACUCAACUUCGGCUUCCUUUAAGGACUCCAUUGGGUCAAAUUCUCAAAGUUCAGGGAUUGCAUGAUUUACAAUAUAUUUAGCUAGUUUUUUUAAAGAGAUAGUGCCGUAUAUACUAACAGAGAAUAACCUAUUAGUGAGGUUAUCAAGCUAAUACGUAAACUUAGCAUUUGACACCUGUUACUGUCUGAAACUCAGUGCGUUUACAUGGGACAGCUAAAUCGGAUUAUGCCUUAUACCGAUUUUGCUACUCGAACGGACCGUGUCAAUUAUCCGAACGUACAUGGCCUUUAGAGAAUCAAAUAAUGGUUGGAGCAUGGCUGAAUCCGUACCCUAGCUGGCCUAACCGCCCUUUCAACGAACGGUUAUAGAGCCACUUCCGGUUGACCUCUACGUCCAAGCAACAACAAACUCAGGCGGCAUUCAAGAAAGAUGUUUUCAGUAGACAGCUGUCAGUUCACUUCAGGUCCAUGUUAUUUCUCCGACGCUGCAUUGUUCAAACCUCUCGGUCGUAUGCGGACUCCUCCCGCUGCUCCGCCGCCGGAGGAGUCCGCAUACGACCGAGAGAUCGGAACAAUGGAUCGUCUGAGAAAUGACAUGGACCCGAAGUGUACUGACAGCUGUCCCGCAUACGGCAACAAUCCCUUUCUCCUCCAUGUAGCGUUUCAACGUGGACUCAAAGCCAAAGUUCCUUUCCGCUAAUUCCUUCUCCGAGAUAACCCCCACUACGAGUCUUUGUUGUGGAAGUAGCAGAGAGUCGGAGAACAAGACGCAGUCUGUAAGAUUCAUAAUAUCAGAGAAUAUCCCCGUCACUUCGGUCGCUGAUGAUGAUACACUUCUUAUAGGGUUGGUAAUGGUAUGACACCGGCUUCCUCCUGUUCUAGAUUACCAUGCGUCACCUUUAUAAAUAAAUCGCCAUUUCUCGUUUUCUGACGACGACGACCAUAAA